CUUUUCGUCUAAAAACUAACAAAAGCUUCAAAAACCUAUUUCAGAUGGAGGACCAGAUGCAAAUGUAUCACCAGAUGCAGGGGACGUCAUACGACCCGAAGUACGACGUCCCAUAUUCUGAUCUGAAACUGGAAGAACAGCACUUCGCCAACCCUAUGGAUCCACAGAGCUUCGCGUCCACCAUGGAACCGCAAGACUACGCUCUACCCAAAAUGGAAGGAGAAACAUCCAACCAAGAGCCGAAACUCCAAAGUGAGCCGGGGAAACCCAUCAGAUUCAUUAGCGUGAACAGCUCACAAUUGACAGAUGAGCAAAGAGCCAUGUACGAAUCAGUUCUGGCCACCUGGAAACCAGUGAUGUUCCCGAAGCAAAACAAACGCUACAUCUGCGAUAAAUGCAAUAAAGAGUUCAAAAACUACCAGAACUUAUACCUGCAUACAACCAGGGUACAUUCUACAGAAGAUUCAGCAGUACUGUGCGAUAUCUGCGACAAGUCAUUCAAGAAUAAACACUAUUUAUAUAUGCAUAGAAUGAAUAAACAUUAUUCGGAGUCGGAAAAGUGUUUCUGCCAGUUUUGUCUGCAAGAGUUCCGCACUCGUCGAGCUCUUCAUAUGCAUGUUAAGAGGGUCCACCCUAAUACUUUGCCGGAAAUAAAGUGCCAGGAAUGCGGAAAAGAGUUUAGCGUUCCAUACAAGUUGAGGUACCAUAUUGAAGCUGUCCAUCGUCCGGAUAAGGAGAAAUACAAGUGUCAUAUCUGUGAGAAGAUGUACAAAAGUCUUCUCAAUCUGAAUCGCCAUUUGCACUUCCAACAUUCUCAAGUUGAGCGUCAUCCGUGCGUGUUUUGCUCGAUGACAUUCAAGUCGCGACAUCAUAUGAAACGUCAUAUCCUGAACAUCCACCCACCACUGGAGUCCAAAGUCCAGUGCCCCGAAUGCUUGAAAGAAUUCAAGAAUGACCAGUAUUUGAAGGAACAUAUGCAGGUACAUUCGUCAUUGGACACGAAAGUGAAAUGCGAUUUGUGCGAUAAAUUCUUUCAUUCAGCCAUCCGUUUGAAGAAGCACAAGAAGAUUGUUCAUCCCGAUAAGCCCAAGAUUCGCUGUGAAAAAUGCGAUAAAGAAUUUGCGCACGCGCAUUACUUGAAACGCCAUAAUAACUCUGUUCAUGUGGACCUGAACGAGAGCAGUCAACACGAGUGCGACCAAUGCGGAAAGAAAUUCAAGAUCCGCAGAUAUUUGAACAAUCACUUGCAGAGACAUGAACAGCAGCAUCUGAAGCGUAUCUCCCAAAUGGUGAAAACUGUGAUGGAUGAAGGGCAGAAAGCACAGAAACCCAAGAAGCCCCGGCGGCCAAGGAAGUCCAGAAAAGAGAUUGAGUUUGUGAAGUGUGAACCCGUCACUUCUACGGAAGAGAGUGAGUCAUCUAGCGAGUCUGACUCGGAGUAAUUUUAUUUCUUAUAUGGGGGUAGUUGCACUUUUUGUAGUUAAUAAAAUUAUGUCUUUGAGUAUGCAAAGGUUAUGGGACGCAUUCAAAAACUUAAUGCCAUUAUAUACAUUUUGUAUUUACAUCUGCUAUUAAGAUAGUAUGCAAAAAUUUAUUUGCCACCUAUCUGAAAUACGACACCAUCGUUUUUUUAGUUUGCAUAUGCUGGUAUUAGGAUAGGUUAUCACUGAACACUGUCUUGCGUGGCGUUGUAUCCAAAGUGCGGUCGAAACACAACUGAACGAAAACUUCCUAAUAGACGCGUAGACAGAUUUUUGCUCCAGGCAUAUUUGAGCGUGAUUGUGAGUCUAGCUUGUUAAUUGUACGUCAAAGUAAACAAAUGUUACUUUUCAUUGAUAAUUUUCGAAGUUGUUGCCUGUACUUGAAGUCACUAAGAGUUCCCCGUGUCAAUGCGCGGGAAUUAUGUGGGUACACAGCUUUUGUUAAGGCACACGAAUACCGCGGGAGGUGCUCCGCACUGCACGCUAGUCAAGUGUUUCGAACUUGAUACCUUAAAUGAACCAGACCAGCAAUGAGAGAGAGAGAGAGAGAGAGUCAAAAUUAUAAUUUUGAGUAUGAGAAUUUGUUUUGAAUGCAUUUUAUAGCUCAGCUCUUUAAAGAAUAGCAUGUUAAUCAACUUUAAAUAAUGUUUCUAAAUUUGAGGGUAGUUAUAAAUUACUAAUGCUUCAUUUGAGUGAAUAUUACUCUAUAGUUUGUUUGUGGCGUGCAGUUUUUUGAAUGACUGCAGAGAACGAUUAUUUGAAUAUUGAAGUAGAAUUUGUUCUAUGUUUAAGAAAUCUAUGGGCGUUUGGCUAGAUCUUUGCGUAUUGUAUAUUUUAUUAUGAUAAUUUAUUCUUAACUGUAUUCAAAUGAAACAUUGCGUUUUAUAUAUGGAUUUAUUCAUACGCAUUAAAAUACAGCACCAAAAUACAACUUCGAAUGGCGACUAACAUUUCUUUGACACAUGUCAUAUAUAUCAGUAAAUUUAAGUUUUUUGUUAUAAUUUCUUUAAAAAUUUAACCUGAUUCAGUACGGCUGUAAUUAGUUUUCUAGUGACUGACGCAUAUGUUGGAAAAAAAAAUUUGGCAAAAAGAUAAUGAAAGAUCUUUUAUAACAGCAUAACAUUUAAAAUUUGCAAGUCAAAAGUUUUCAAGUAGGUACCUAAGACUAUAUAAGAAUAUAUAGACUGGCCUAAGGAAGAAUUCCUUGAAUUUAUGAAAUAUUAGCUUUUCCGGAAUUGUAAACAAAUACGCAGACCAGUACAUAACCUAUACAGCGAAGGAUAAUUAUCAAUAGCCCUUCCACUACCAUACUGGGAAAUAUAAAAUUAUGCGCCUCGGGGAAGCUCAGUUCACAGUUGGUAAGAGUACGCGGACGGAAUGAACCCGAGAGACGCCGUUUCGAGUACCGCAUCGUCCAUAAAUUUUAGUUACAAAUUUUAUUAAUGUUAUGUCCUCGAUAUGAGGUCAAUUUUUGGCGAUAAUAUUAAUCAUUCUUUAAAUAUUGACCAAACGACAAUUUAUUUUGGCUGAACCUUACAAAACACCAAUAGGGACGCAUAUUUUUUGCCCUUAUAUUUUUUGCCGUUUUUAAAUCCUUUACCUGUAAACCAGUACAUAUUUGAUUAAGGUUAUGGUAUAUUAAUGUACUCCGCCAGGUAUUCUCUUCCCUUGACAGCUGGGUCACGUGUCACGCCUGAGAAUACGUCAUCAGUUGCGAUGCAGAUCUCAAACUAUUUUUGAGUGAAACAACGCUAUAGAUGUGAGCGACACAACAGGCGAGCUGUCACUAUGUCACUUGUCAAUGCGAUGUGUUGCCACUGUGUGUGAUUGAAUUACCCGAGCAAAAUUUGUUUUUUAACUUAAGCAGUUAUUUAAUAAAUAAAUAAAUUAAAAUGUUUAAUUUAUUAUAUUUUUAAUGUAUUUAAUUUUCAUUGACUCAAUGAUAACUGUCAAAUGUCAAUGGUAGCACUUAUUGACGUAGUCUUGUGGUCUAAGGGCCAUCGUGGAAAGAGAAUACCAGGCGGAGAGUAUUAUUAUACUAUGAUCGUACGAUCGUUAUUGAUAUGAUUAAUGAAUUUAUUUCAUCUGCAAGUUGCAAAUGAUCUUUCUAUAAACAAAAAUAUUCAAAUAUUAAUUUUUAAAACUAUAUUUAUUUGAAAUAAAUACAAUAUUAUAGUGUGAAAUGCGAAUAUUAAUUAGGCUAAAUUUAGUAUAGUUAAAGUAUUUUAUUUUUAUUUUCACGCAACUAAAACAUGCAUUGUGGGUAGGUUUAUAUUUUAAUGGUGGUAUGUAUAUUUUUAUUGCUCGAGUCCAAGCAAUUAUUCACAAAUGGUACAAACCAUAGAUCAUUUAUAACGCCUAAAUAGAUAGUGACAGCUGUGUAAACGUCGAAAAAAAUGACGUUGGCUGUCAACCUCUUAUUUGAGCACGCACUCUAACACCAAGUGAUAUACAAAUCGCGAGUGUAUGGCGUAGCUCGUAACGCACACUAGAGUAAUAAACCUGAAAUGAUUUCAUCGGUUGUCUAGCAGCAAUAGUUACAACCUUGAUGUAUAAAUAGAUGCAAAAUGUUGUACAAAGAGUUGUUUCAUAAGCUAUCGGCUCUGGGCCAUGACUUUGUACACCGGGUCUAGCAAGAUCAGCUUCGAUUUGAGGAUAAAAGACCCAAAACUCCACUAAGAUACACCGAGAAAAUAUUUUAAAACACACAAAUGAAUGAAGGCGACAUUUGAAACGAUUUAAAUAUGGCGGUAGUGUGUAUGUCAGUUGUCACUGUCACUUUCUAACCGCUCCGAGUCUGGCAAUUGAUAUAUCUUAAAAAAGUAAUAUGGUACUAUCGUAGAUAGAAUAUGAACAAUAGAUACGUCAUAAAAAUAACAACAAUAAUGUGACAGAAUUAAAUGCUUUUAAAAGUAAAAUAAACAACCGUGCAAUAUUUGUAAAGCGCUCAAGAUCCGAGAUGGAGCGAAUAGAUUAUAUGUAUAUAUAAUAAUCAUAGACAUAUAUAUAUAUAUAUAUAUAUAUAUAUAUAUAUAUAUAUAUAUAUAUAUAUAUAUAUAUAAUAAAACUUCUUACGCUAAGUUUAAAAAAAAACACUUCCUUUUCACACGUUUCUACAAUCUGUUCGGGGAGAGUUGACGAUUGUCGCUUUACUGUCGCAAUCUGUAUUGAGUACAGUGGUACGAGGGGCGCAGGUGUUGUCAAGCGCAAAGCGGGCCGUUAUAUGUAAUGCUACCCCUAAUUUUAUUUUAUUAUCAUCAACUCUCAGCGUACAGAGGUAGUUCUGGGUUCAUAGUUGGUUAAAAUAGUAUAGUUAUCUCAAAGUAAUUGAAUACUUUAGUACUUUUAUCACGGUUUUGGCUAUCACACAAAAGUUGUAUACGAAGAUUUGUUGCACAAGUGACCGCUAGAGGCGCUGUUUUAGUACAAAUUACAGGCUCAUUUAAUAUUGCAUCAUAAUCAUCAGGGUCAAACCGUCUCUGUUGAAUUAAACUAUAGUAUUUCGGACGUGCAAAAAUCGUUUUAAGAUUUUAAUUGUUAUUGUAAAUAUAUAUAGUGCAUAGAUCAAUAGUUACCGAUUAGCAAAAAGGACACUUCUCCGAUCACUGGUUAGAUAAAAUUUAAUAGAAAUGUAACUUAAUUACUUCUGCGAGUUAUGGUAUAUAACAUCUUUAUUAAAACUAGAGCACAAUUACGUAAGUUUGCACACAAAAAAGUGUGUGCGUGUAAUUUUUACGCACGAUUGAAGUAAACCUUAAUUAUAAUAAUAAUUAACUUUAGGAAUAAUUAACAGAUACAUAAAAAUAUUACAUUAAAUAUACGUUUAUUAAAACCGUGUUACUAUGCUCUCACGUUUUGCCGAAGAGCUAGAAGCAUUGUUAGAUUGUACUGCUAUUUUUUUUUCGGAAACGCUGACGAUAUAACCUCUACUUUUGAGGAAAGUUGGCAUUAUCUCUCCAUGAAAAAAAUUAAUAAUAUAUUAUUUUAACAAGUGAGAUUUUAUAUGUUUUACAAAUAAUGAUAUAAUGUUAUGUUGAUAUUAUUCAUUGGCAAAUGAACACUUUUUACAUGUCAAGUCAUUAUCAGGUUCUUGAUUUUCUCUUUUAUUCUUAUUUAUUGAUGAAAGAUUAUAAUGUUCCUGGGAUUCCGCCAUUUCAUUAAACUGAUUAUUAUUUUCAUUUUAUAUUCUAUUUAUAAAUCAUUACUUGCAUAUUUUAAAAUUCUCACUCCUCAAAAAAAAAUGAGAAUUGAAGUUUAGAUUAUUGUUAGCACAUAUCAUUAAGAUGUUUUUAUUGAAUUAUUGUAUUUGGCUGUAUGGGCUCGAACCCUUUGACUAUCCUAAUAAUGGACGAAGAAACCAAAAACAAAUUAACGCAUGUGAAAUGUCAGAAAAUUUCUUAAAAUAUAUAUUUAUCGUAUUAUAUAAACAAAUACACUUGGAAAUUAUCAAAAAAAAUUUUUUUUUCACGUUUAAUUUAUAUGUUUCAAUUGACUUUCUGAUGUACCCUCAAGUCGAGUAUAAAGAGGUUUUACCUCAAUAUACCUAUCAAAUUGUGUUUCUUCCGUUUAUAAUUUUAGUUAAAUUAUGAAUGCCUAAGUAUUAACUCACUACUAUGUAACUAUAUUAAUGUGACAUCAAAUAGCUGUAAUUUAUAUUCAUAAUAAUUCUUAACUUUAAGCACAAGUAUGUAACCCCGCGCGUCAUAUUGCGUGACGUCAUUAUACAUAGAAGCAAAUUUUUUAUUCUAUGCCUAUCGCCACGGACGAGUAAAAAAAGAAGGACUCCGCGUCGUGAUAUUAACAAGUGAAGCACCUUUAUGCUAGUGUGUGUGCGGUUACGGGGUAUUCCAGUUACACAAUUUUUUCUCCCUUAAAUAAUCAUACAUGGCCACAAAUACUUUAAUAGUAUUGGAUUUACACUUUUUCACAACGCACAACGGCAUUUUUAAAAUAUUUUAUGGCGACGCAAACUGAUCUGUCACACGAUGACAAAUCUAAUAAUGGCGGCCGAUCGGCUUGUAUUAGUGUAAGUGUCUGCGUGGGGAUAGCCCCAUACAUAGGUAUUUACACAAUUACCGGCUUGUUUUGGUGCUUCACUGUUAUGUAAGGUGACACGGAGUCUUUUUUUUACUCGUCCGUGGCCUAUCGCAUAGUCAACGUGCGGGGAUUAAAGUUAAUUGAUGUUUUGGCAAGACGCUAGGUUUUGUUUUUAAUUUUGUUAUAUUUUUUCAUGGGUAGAUACUAUUUAUAUCGGUCUGGGUGCACAUAAAUUCUAAUUAUAUUUAAAUGAUUAAUUUCUCGAAUUAAAUAAAUAUUUGUGCACUGCUUUUAAUUUUAGACUUAUUAUUUAAAUGUGGGAAUGGUAUUGGCAAUUGUGCACCCGGUCUCGCUGGAAACUGUAUGGGAACCGUAGUGGUGGGGCGUUUUAAUGUCGAUAAAAUAAAGUUUUUUUUUAGUUUUAGAGGAAAAAAUUAUCACUUUAGCUUCACGAAGUGUCAUUUAGAUAAGAAUUCGGCGCUGAGCCUAAUAAUUGUUAUUUGUAUUGAGAUAGUUUUGCAUAUUUCCUAUAUUUAAAUUAGUGGAUUUAGUUUAUGGAGUAGGAGUAUUUCAGAAUCUUGUAUAUAGCUAAAGAGUUUUAUUAUUGUGGAAUUAAAUGGUUAUUUGAA